UGUUGAUGUACACAAGGCCUGGUGACUUUGUGUUGCCACAUGCAGACCUUCCUUUUUGACACGAGAAGCUUUUAACAUGACGACGAUCUGUAUCGGAGGAUUCUGCAUUCCUCUGUACGCGCUGCUGCCAUUUGCGCUCAUGAUGCUGCAGGGAUUCUGGAACUGGUUCCGCAAGAAUGUUUUAGGUCAAGACGACGAAAAGAUCCCCGAGAAUACCCGCGUGAUCCACGUGACGUCGGAGCUGCAGUUCAAGGAGCUGCUUGGCAAGGGCAAAGCGACCAAACGCUCAGUGGUCGUGGACUUCUCGGCCACGUGGUGCGGUCCGUGCCGCUACAUCAGCCCCGUAUACCACGAACUCAGUGCGAAAUACCCGUGCACAAUCUUCCUCAAAGUGGACGUGGAUGAGCUCAAGUCCGUCUCCAGAGGCUGCGGCGUGACGGCUAUGCCCACGUUCCAGUUCUUCCGUGGCGGAGUCAAGUGCGACGAGAUGCGUGGCGCAGACAAGAACGGACUGGAGGCGCUUAUCCAGAAGCAUUACGUGGAAGUAGAACUGCCCGAGGACGAGAAGCCCGUGGCAGCAGCGGCUGGGGAGAAAUCUGUGACGGAAGGCGGAGAAGGUCUACGUCAGCGCAAGCCACAGGUGACGACUGUGACUUCGGAGGAGCAAUGGGAGAAGCUCAUGCAACAGAACCAAGAGUCAAACAAGGCGUUGGUGGUGGACUUCUGGGCUACGUGGUGCAAGCCGUGCGUGGAGAUCGCUCCGUUGUUCGAGGAGUUAAGUGGUCGGUUCCCCGCUGCUGUGUUCGCACGUGUGGAUGUCGACGAGCUUGAGAGUGUGGCGGAGGAUUUCAAUGUAUCGUCGUUGCCUAGUUUCAAGGUAUUCAAAGGCGGCAAGGUGGUUGAUGAACUCAGCGGAGCCAUUAGGAGUGCUCUGGAGAGCAUGGUUGCCAAGCAUGCCAAGAACUGAUUGUAGCUAACCUAAAACAAACAGUGACGAGCGGUUUGACUCACAAGUGGAAAUUAUUAUUGUGUUCCGGUGCGAAGCAAAACGAAUGAUGAUCCUGCGCUAGUACGUUGUACCUGUAGUUCGUUCAGAUCUCCCAAACGAGCGAAACUCGCGGUUUCCAACAACCAGGCCAGUCCCUUGUUUCUGGCCCUCAUUUCAGCUCUUACCGGCACGCAGGACAACUGUGGCACAUGUCCGAACUCACAAAACGUUAACUAAACUUAUGGAGAAGGUUGCAAUAAGUUCAUCGACAGGCAGCAGGCUACUUAUCAAUCCGGCUUUAGCCGAGGACACGU